CUUCUUUCUUAUUUCCUCUCAUUGUCUUUGUCAUUUACAAGAACAUAGAGAGAGAGAGAAACAACUGUUGACAUCAUUUAAAUCUCAUUCUCUCUCUCUAGGUUCUGUUCCUACUCUCUACAUUGCAUUUGGAUCCUGAGGAUAUUUUGGAUGUGUUUGUGAGAGAGAGAGAACAUCAGAUCUAGAUGUCGGAUGCUUCGGCCGACGGAGGUUACUCAGCGUCGGCAGCUGAGACGCCUUAUCCGUCACUGACGGUGUCGGCGUCGUCGUACAAAGAGAGCAGCGGAGGAGGGAAAAGCUCGUCGAGGAGGAGACCGGUUAGGCCUAGCUUCGACGCCGACAAUGAGUUCAUCACUCUUCUCCACGGCUCGGAUCCGGUUAAGCUUGAGCUUAAUCGCCUCGAGAACGAAGUCAGAGAUAAGGAUAGAGAGUUAGGGGAAGCACACGCUGAGAUCAGAGCCUUGAGGUUAUCUGAGAGGCAGAGAGAGAAAGCUGUUGAAGAGCUUACUGAUGAGCUUACUAAGUUGGAAGAGAAGCUCAAGUUAACUGAAUCUCUUCUCCAAGGGAGAAAUCUAGAAAUCAGGAAGAUUAAUGAGGAGAAGAGGGCCUCCAUGGCUGCUCAGUUCGCUGCUGAAGCCACCUUAAGAAGGGUCCAUGCUGCUCAGAAAGAUGAUGACAUGCCUCCUAUUGAAGCCAUUCUAGCUCCUUUGGAAGCUGAACUUAAGCUUGCUCGCUCUGAGAUUGGGAAGCUUCAAGAAGAUAACAGAGCCUUGGAUCGUCUCACUAAAUCAAAAGAAGCGGCGUUACUUGAUGCUGAGAGGACUGUUCAAACUGCCAUGGCCAAAGCGGCCUUAGUUGAUGAUCUUCAGAAUAAGAACCAAGAGUUGAUGAAACAAAUAGAGAUCUGUCAGGAAGAAAACAAAAUCCUAGACAAAAUGCACAGGCAAAAGGUUGCUGAAGUGGAAAAGCUUACUCAGACUGUACGAGAGCUGGAAGAGGCCGUUCUUGCUGGUGGCGCUGCUGCUAAUGCCGUCAGGGAUUACCAGCGGAAGUUCCAAGAGAUGAAUGAAGAACGAAAAACUCUUGACCGGGAACUUGCACGGGCAAAGGUUACAGCAAACCGAGUUGCGACGGUGGUCGCAAAUGAAUGGAAGGAUGGUAAUGAUAAAGUGAUGCCUGUGAAGCAAUGGCUUGAAGAAAGAAAGUUUCUACAGGGAGAAAUGCAGCAGCUACGUGACAAGCUUGCUAUAUCAGACCGAGCUGCGAAAUCUGAAGCACAACUAAAAGAAAGGUUUCAACUACGGCUUAAAGUGCUUGAAGAGACGCUGAGAGGCACCUCAAGCAGCAGCGUAAGGAACACACCUGAGGGAAGAAGCAUGAGUAAUGGACCUUCUCGCAGGCAGUCACUCGGUGGAUCAAAUGGCUUUUUGCCAAAGAAAUCUCCAUCUUCUCAGAUGAGGAAUGCCUUUACUUCUAACUCCACUUCGGUACUGAAGAACGCUAAAGGAACAUCUAGGUCAUUUGAUGGAGGUACAAGAUCAUUGGACAGAGGCAAAGCACUUCUAAACGGACCUGGGAAGUAUUCAUUCAACAAGGCUUGUGAGGAAGCGAAAGAAUCAGAGUCACCUAGUGCCUGGAAAGAAGAUUCAGAGGAGAAGCCACCGAGUGAACUCCCUCCACCAACAACUGAAGACAAUGUCCCAGGGGUUUUGUAUGAUUUACUUCAGAAGGAAGUAGUUGCCUUGAGAAAAUCUUCACAUGAAAAGGAUCAAAGCCUCAAAGACAAGGAUGAUGCCAUAGAGAUGUUAGCAAAAAAAGUUGAAACAUUAACAAAAGCAAUGGAGGUUGAAGCAAAGAAGAUGAGAAGGGAAGUAGCUGCAAUGGAGAAAGAGGUUGCUGCUAUGCGUGUGGAUAAAGAUCAGGAUAACAGAGCUAAAAGAUCUUCAAACACCAAGAACUCAUCCAACACUGCCCAGAUACUUGCUGGAAGAGCUGCUGGACGAAGUGGGUUAACUAGGAGCACACAGUGAGAUGAGAGAAGUGAUUGGUUCUCGUGGGCGUAUCAGUUUAAGAAAAAAGUAAAACCCGUUAUAGGCUGGUGUGCUUUUGAAGCUCUCUUUUUUUUAACCUUAUAUCUUCUUAUUUCACUUGCUCUCUUUACAUCCUCUUGUGAUUUAUUGUAUUACCAUAGAACUCAUGAGAAUGCUAUCUAUGGUACCAACCACCAAAGAGAGAGAUGAGUAUGCUUUCUGACUUAGACCAGCUUUGCACUACUUAGCGAUGAGGGAGGAGAGAUGUUUCACAUUUUGGUAUAACAUUUUUCUAUCCUUGCAGAAGUAGUUUGCCUGGGCUGUAUAGGUUUAUUAGAGCUGUAUUUGGAACUUGUGUACCUUCACUUGUUCGGUUUCUUUUUCAAUCUACUUUUGAGGUUUUGUGUGAUUA